AUGCAUCAACAAUCUCGUCACCCGCCCCGGGUGACCUCGCCCGCAACGUCACCACAGACCAACCCCACACGCACGAAUAACCCGAGAGACGCACCCAGUGGCCCGAGCCGGUCACGCGCGGGCUCCGAGGCGGCCAUGCAGCAGGAUGGCGGCUCCGGGCCUGCAGAGGGCGCCGAGGGUCCCGCGGCGCCAACGCUGAGCAAAGAGUCUAUCAAGAAGCUGGAUCAGAUCAUACAAAAUUUCCAUGCGAAAGCAGCCGUCCUCAUUCUCCAGUCGCGAAUGAAUGUCACCCCUUCGGCGGCUAGUAGACGGUCCGAUGGGAGGAAAGUUAACAAAUGGUUCCAAAUCGAGACCGACGAUAUUGAUGACUUCAAGGAAGAAAUGCGAAUAUGGAAGACCUGUGGAGGAUUCGAGAACCGGCCGCCGCCCAUGAUCAUCGAGACCUACAUCGAUGCAUCGCAAUUACCGCCCGGCAAAUCGUUGGUGAUAUUGGACGACAAUGGAAGGAGGCGAGACGUCAUGGAGGUCCUGAACUCGUCGGAAUCCUCAAGUGACAGCAGCCCCUCUAGAGCGAGAAGGCGGAACACGGAGAUUGUGCUCGAGCGCUGGAAGAUAGAACUCAAGUGCCUCCCGAACAACACCUCCGAAGACUUUGGCCCGCUCCUGCCGACCAUUUAUAAGAGAAGUAUCAUAUUCUUCCGGUCGCUGUUCGUCAGCACUCGCGUCAUGCCCGCCUGGAAGUUUGCCCAGCAGUCGAUGACCAAGGCUGUGUCACCACCCUUGGCGGUACGAUGCCGGGUCUUGUCGGCCGAGAGCGAGGUCACCGGCUACGAUCCCCUGAGACAACCCCUGCUGGAUGGCAGAGAUGUUGUGACAGACUAUAUGUUUGGCGACCUGGAGGUGCCGGUGGGCAGAUUCUAUGCCUCUGUGACGUACAGAAACGACUGCAACUUCCGAGUGGACGACUCGGAAGCUUUGUUGAGCUCCCGCUUCAUGGGCAUCGACGACCAGUAUUUCAAACCUUCGUUGCCGCAAAGGACUAGGUCAGGCCGCCAACCGCGGUCGACAGAAAUAGGCUCGCUGCCGAACAGACACGGCAGACAUCAGUCGGAGCAACAGCAGACUUACGGCAGCCUUUCCACCUUUCACGGCACGGGACCAUUGGGGGCCAGCCCCAUAUCAGCAUUGCGAGCUAUUCGACCUCCAGGAUCGGACACUAGCUCGCCUCCGGCGUCCAUACCCACGAGUGUCGAACCUGAUCCGCCAAACUCACUACCAAUCUCUGGCAGAUCAUCGACGAGGCCAUCAUUGAGAAACGUUGAGGGGAUGGCUAGGAGACCGUCUGUUUCGUUCAAUCCUUUCAAAGCUGGCUCGCUAUCCGGCUCACCUCGGAUAUCAGAUGAACCAUCGUCGCCUCACUCUCUGACUAGGCAAUCGGGUCUGAGUGCGUUGACGCAGGCGAGGAAUAGGUCUUCUCUGACUGCUGGCAUGGCAGCAUCAUUGCGCGGAGGGCCCCCCGCGGCUGACCCGGGCCCCAGCUCGUCGCCUAAGCCCACGCCGAGUCGAUAUAGCAGCAGCUUCACGCACAGGAGAAAUAGACCCUCUUUUAGCGGGAACAGCAGGCAGGGCGAUGAUGAUCAGGGCAGCAGUGGGAAGCAGAGUCUAUCCUCAUCCGUAGCCCAACCCGGUUCUGGGCUGCUUGCAGAGCCCGGUGGCGGCAGCUCGGGGUCUUUCCAGACGGACGACGACAACAUCUCGGAAUUCUUGAAAGCUCUCGACAGCAAGAAGACGCUGCAGAGCUUCGAGGCGUCCAAGAAGGGAGAGUCGGCAACGAAGAGGACGGCAGCUCAACUGUCCAAAUUUCAUCUGAUGCGAGACUCGAAUAUCGCCCUGACGGAAUCAAUGAACUCAUCAAUGCAACUGAACUCAUCAAUGCAACUGCACCGCUCGUCAAGCUCGUCAAGCCGUCAGUUGACGAGCGUCCCGGGCGCCUCGAUGUCCGCAUCCUCCUCGCCCAGCAAGCCCUUGUCUCCUCACACUCCACACACACCUGCGAUCCCGUCACGCCUGAGUGAGAACUCUAUCGCAGAUUACCAAGGUCCCCAGGCUAAUCGCCGAGCUGUGCCUGAUGUUGUUGCGACCGAAGAAGAGGGAGAAGAGGCGCCAGUCAGCCAGGAGGGCACGAACGCCAUUGAUAUCCCUCUGUCGCCGAGGCUCAUCCAAGUGAACAGGAGGGCCAGCUCUGUAGCCAACCGCGGCGCAGAUGAUGAAGAUGGCGAUGUCCCUUACGGCGGCCAACGCAGCCUUAGCCUAGGCGCUGAUGAAGGUGGCGAGCCUCCCACGUUGAGCACCUUGCUACGCAUGGAGCGCGAGUCUGGAGACAGAGCUGCUCUCCAGCCUGCUGCUGAGAUUAGAACCUCGGCACAACCCGGAUCUCUAUCCUCUGGCGAUCGCGAGGAGAAGCAGCCGCCGAGCGGCCUGUUGUCCUCGGGAUCUGCAUCAUAUCGAUUGAGAUAUACCGGAAGCCCGAGGACUCGGUCGAGAGCGACACCGCCUCAGUCGUCACGAGGCAGUUUUGUAGGCUCUUCGACCAGCAGGUACCCCGGCAGCCUGACUAGAGGACCCGGUGACGGCGAAGCGGAUGAUGAACCGCUUGUCUUUGACAUGUCAGAGAUAGGCCGGGAGCUCAACAGACGUAGCCUCGAGGAAGGUCGCGGAGGUGGCAGCACUGGGUCCGCCUCUGCAGACCGUGCUGGGUAUGAGCCUCGCGGCACCAGAAGAACUGGCUGGCAAAACGCUGGGUAG